CUGCAGGCCAUCAUGAACACCAGCCAUCCUAAGCCCGGUGCCGGGUCUCCCCGGAGCCCCCGCCCACAGUCUCUAUCCCGGAGCUCUUCCAGCCUGCUCGCUGAAGGCCGGGGACAGAGGCCAGAGCUCCGAAAGAGUGCCAGCAGCACUGUAUGGCAGGCCCAGCCAGGUGAGGCCAGCACCGGUUCCCAGGUCCUGGAGGAAGAGGAGCACCAGGCUGAGAGAACGGAGAAGGCACAGGCCUCCAGCCCUGGGCCACGGCCUGGUGCUGUGGGCCAUUGGCGGAGCAUCACUGUGGGCAACGUGUCUACCAUGGGCGGUGGUGACCUGUGUCACCUGCGGGGCCCCAGUGCCUCUGCUGUGCAGAGGAGCCACUCGGACCUGGUCCGCACCCAGAACCGGGGCCACAGUGGUACUCGGAGGGCCAGCCUGAGCUGCUCAGCCCUUGGCAGCUCACCGGUCCAUAGGGCUCGGCUGCAGCCUGGCAGAACUUCUGGCCAGGGAGGUCAGGCCCCUGCAGGCCUGGAAAGGGACCUGGCUCCAGAGGAUGGGACUUCAAACUCAGCCUGGACACUGGGAGAGAGUCAGGUGUGGGUGUUGCCCCUAGAACUGGGAGGCACAGUCACACCCAGCAGCAGCCCCAAGGCUGGGCCCAAAGCCACUGGGCAGUCAGCCACUACCUCUUGCCAUGCUCUGCCCCCAGCAGCUCUACUCUGUGGCAUGAGGGAGGUGGGUGCCAGUGGCUACUGCCACGCCUUGCCUGCCCCAGGGAUCCUGGCCUUUCCCAAACUAGUAGCAUCAGUGAGUGAGUCUGGGCUGCAAGCUCAGCAUGGGGUGAAGUUCCAGUGUAGAUUGCCUGAGGGCCUUCCUGGGCAUUCCCACUGCUGUGCCCAACCUUGGGAUCCCACUGGGUCAGCUAUGGAGCCUGGCGCCAGGACCAAGGAUGUGUGGACCAUGACCUCAGCCAGUGACUUGGCCCCAGUGUUGGCAUGCCCUCUGCCAGCCCAGGAUGCUGGUGUGCAGGCGACCCCCAUGGCAGUGUGCAAGGCUGUGGCCACCAGCCCACCCCUGGAAGCCCCUGUGGCUCUGCACCCAUUCCCAGAGGCAACUCUGGGGUCCAGUCUGGAGGAGGCGCCAUCCCCUGUGCAGGAUGUGCGAUGGGAUGCUGAAGGCAUGACGUGGGAGGUAUAUGGAGCUGCACUGGACCCUGAGGUGCUGGGCGUGGCCAUCCAGAAGCACCUGGAGAUGCAGUUUGAGCAGCUGCAGCGGGCACCUGCCAGCGAGGACAGCCUGUCCACCGAGGGCCGGAGGGGACCGCUGCGAGCUGUCAUGCAGUCUCUGAGGCGCCCCAGCUGCUGUGGCUGCUCCAGUGCAGCCCCAGAGUGAGAAGCUGUGGUCCUCAGAGCUGUCCUGUCCCAUGGACUCAGCCCCAGGCCAUGGAUAGUGGGGGGCGACACUCUCCUUGGACCCACUGCAGCUGUGGAUACAGCUCUGCUGUUGGCAGCCAGCAGAAAACAGGACUCAGCCUGGGGACUUGCUACUUGCAGCCGGGCUGGUUUUUAAGGGCUUGAUUCCUAAGAGCCACUUCUGCACACCAGGCAUUGAACUUUGGGAGUUUCACACUGUGUAUAAGGGAGAUCCUGGCUUUUCUGUAAAAAUCAUUGUCUUCUGUCUUCAGAACUCUUCCAUGAUUGCCCUCAGAGUCUUGAUGGCCUUACUUUAAAGCAGAGCUGAGGCAUAAUGAAUCCUUGACAUGAAAUGGGGGCCCCAGGUGUCAAGGACCAGCUGGGUCUUUAGAGAAGGGAACUGACACUGAAGGCCGCCUACGUGCCACACACUGUUCGCCACCUUAGCUUGUUGAGUCUUUGCCUUCAGCCUGUCUCACAGAUAAGAGCACAGGCAUUUGGCAGUUGGAUACUUGAAGCGGACAGCUGAGGGUCACAGCAGGGCUGGUCGAGGCUGGGCUGGCUUCCUGCAGCCCCUUUGGUCAGGAG